CCUGGUCCUAGUUGUCAAACGCGAGCUGUCACACCACCUUAGUAUUCCUGGCAUCCUGCUCUGCUCCCUCUACAAAUCUUCCUUUUCUCCCCGACCUAAACCUCCCCAUCUCCCUCCAUUUUCCGUCAAACCCUCCAAACACUUCAGUCAUUGGUCUGCCAUAAAUGGCCACCGACAACCAAACCACCUCCAGAUCCGGAUUUACCAGCACGGCCAACGGCGAUGAAACCGCUUCUCCUUCCCCAGCUCUUCAACCUCCCACGAGCCGGAAAGUAGCCCUGAUCACAGGCAUAACUGGUCAAGACGGCUCCUACUUAACUGAAUUCCUCCUCAUCAAAGGCUACGAAGUCCAUGGCCUCAUCCGCCGAUCCUCUAACUUCAAUACCCAACGCAUCAACCAUAUUUACAUCGAUCCCCACAAUGCCCAAAAAGCCAAGAUGAAGCUCCAUUACGCUGACCUCACUGACGCCUCCUCUCUCCGCCGCUGGCUCGAUACAAUCAACCCCGACGAGGUUUACAACCUCGCCGCCCAAUCACACGUCGCUGUUUCCUUUGAGAUUCCUGAUUAUACAGCUGACGUCGUCGCCACCGGAGCUCUCCGCCUCCUCGAAGCCGUCCGUUCCCACAUCUCAGCUACCGGCCGGUCCCACAUUAAGUACUACCAAGCCGGAUCAUCGGAGAUGUUCGGAUCUACCCCUCCUCCCCAAUCUGAAACGUCCCCGUUCCACCCCAGGUCCCCCUACGCCGCCUCUAAAUGCGCCGCCCAUUGGUACACGGUCAAUUACCGGGAGGCAUACGGCAUUUUCGCCUGCAAUGGGAUUUUAUUCAAUCACGAAUCUCCCCGCCGUGGGGAGAACUUCGUGACGAGGAAGAUUACCCGGGCCGUGGGGAGAAUCAAGAUUGGACUGCAGAGCAAGCUGUUUCUGGGUAAUUUGCAGGCUUCAAGGGAUUGGGGUUUCGCAGGGGAUUACGUGGAGGCAAUGUGGAUGAUGCUGCAGGAGGAGAAACCGGACGAUUAUGUGGUGGCGACGGAGGAAUCUCACACGGUUGAGGAGUUUUUGCGGGCGGCAUUUGGGUAUGUUGGGUUGGACUGGAGGGAUCAUGUGGUGAUUGAUAAGAGGUAUUUUAGGCCUGCAGAAGUGGAUAAUCUGAAGGGAGAUUCUAGUAAGGCGAGAAAGGUGCUGGGAUGGAAGCCAAAAGUUGGAUUUGAGCAGCUGGUGAAGAUGAUGGUAGAUGAAGAUAUUGAGUUGGCUAAGAGGGAGAAGGUUCUCGUUGAUGCGGGUUACAUGGAUGCUCAACAACAGCCUUGACUGCUUCAGAUUACGUGCACCUCACCAGAAAUGCAGCUUUGUUUAUUUUAUACAAUCCAUCAUUAAAGAAUGUGAUUCAAUUGCAGUACAGUUACUUCUGAUGUUGGGUUAGAGUGUAGUGAAGCUAAUCCAUAUAGAUUUUUAAUUUUGUUCUUUGGAGGAGUUUACCGUUUAUUUGUGUAUUUGGAUUACCGCUGAAAAUCAUGAUGAUUUAUUUGGCCUUC